AGAGGGCGGAGUAAUGGGUUAAUUGCAGCAAAUGAUGGAAGGCCCCAUCCCGACGUUCUCUGACACUUAAGUCUUUCCGCAUAUAUUUAGGAUCGCCGUAUAAGCUGUCUUCCCCGAUUCUCUCGGGCAUUCUGAAACCAAGGUCUGUGGCCAAUCUUAAGUCAUGUCCGUGGGCUGCAUUUACACACGGCUGAGGCUUCUACUUCGACCACCCCGUUUGAUGCUUUUCCAUCAUCCCAGUUGUGCCAUCCAUGCCUCCAGUGCCACACUUGCUGGACACAACAAGUGGUCCAAAGUCAGGCAUAUUAAGGGUCCUAAAGAUAUUGCACGUUCAUUAGUCUUCCAAAAACUUACCAUGAUGAUCCGUUUUGCUGUGAGGGAAGGAGGACCCAACCCACAUCUUAACACUAAUUUAGCCAACAUUAUUGAGGUGUGUCGAAGGAAGAAUAUGCCAAAAAACUCUAUUGAAACAGCCAUCUCUGGCGCGGAAAAGAUGAAAUCCAUCUAUCACUUCUGCAGUGUCCGAGGUCCAGGUGGCUCAUCAUUCUAUGUCGAAAUACUGACAGACAACGUAAAGAGGACUUCCAAUGAAAUCCGAUAUCUUUUAAACAAAAAUGGGGGGAGCAUUGCCGAAGGGAUUCACAAUCAUUUUGAAAAAAAGGGGGUUGUGACUGUCAGCAAGGAAGACAAAUCCGGCAGUCCUGUCAGCAUGGAUCAGGCACUUGACUUGGCAAUUGAAGCCGGAGCUGAAGAUGUCCAGGAAGAGGAAGAGGAGGAUGAGAAGGUGGUGCUCAGGUUUAUUUCCGCUGUGUCCACCUUGCACCAAGUACGUGAAAAACUGGAGUCGCUGGGUCUUUGUUCAUUGUCUGCUGGCCUUGAAUUCAUCCCAAUUGUCCAUGUCCAGCUAUCAGACCCAGAGAUAGAAGGGGCCGUGAGGUUGCUAGAGGCCCUUGAAGACCACGUAGAUGUUGUUCGGGUAUACAACAACAUUGCAUAGUUUUACCAGCAUACUUCCAGGAGCUACUGAAGCCUUACCAGCUAAAUUCUGGUAUUAUUUUCCCCCGAUUCAAACCAAGACUAUUAAUGGUAAAUGACAUUUGCUAUGUUUCUGACAUGUCCAUGUGCCUCUUUGCCCUCUUCUUCACGUUCCUUGUCGGAAGACAACCCAACGGCAUGUACCAAAUGUGGAUGCUAGAAAAGUGCUGGAGCAAGACAGCUUGGAAAUAUCUAGAAAUAUCUGGGAUUGGUUACUAGUUGCAAUUGGAGGAUAGUGUGGCUGUCUCAUUAGCACCUCAAUAUAACAAACCAAUCAUAUCCAAACAGAUAAUUCCCAAGCCAACAGUGAUACAUUAACUGAAAGUUCAGUAAUCUUGAUAUAACUGGAUACGUUCUUGGUCCAUUUUUCCUGAGCUGUUGGGAGAUAGUUCUGCCUUCUUCAAGCAUGCAAGCUCGUAAAAAAUCUUUACACACACACACCUCUCUACACAUCUGAAUUUAUGUGUGAUGGAACCAGUUUGGAUACAUACUUUGCUCCUUUGGGAUGCCUCCACGAUGGACAGUAAAUGCAUCCAAAUAGCCAUUCUGAAUCAUAUUAAAGCAUUUGUCCUGAAGAAUCAUUCAGCAGCA